AUGCUGUACCAUGCUUUACUAUUAGUAUCAACAUUAACUGUGUUUUUUAGCUUCUUCCUUGUAUACAAAGUAACAGUUCUAGAAGAUGACAUCAGCAAACUCAGAGGAGAUAUUUCAAACCUAAAGCCACAUUCUAACGAAUCCACAGAUGGAAUGAGAACGGGUAUGUCCAGAACAUGGGAGAGAUCAAAGCAAGCAACUUCCCUAAAUUCACAGAGACAGACAGAGAAAGACUCUCAGACUCUGUGUUCGUCAACAGCAUCCUCUCAGACUCUGGGUUCACCAACUGCGUCCUCUCUGAGAAUGAAACAGGAGCCGGCAGGCUGCAGUGGAGGUACAGUAGUCGUACAGCAGUCGUUUCUGCAGCUGUCAGCCAACACAAAGAAACAGCCAUUUGUCAGAGGAAAUGUGACGGUGAUUCCUUGGACAGUUGCCUUGCAUCAAGGGGAGGCCAUCUCUUCCACUGGAGACAGAAUCAUCAUCCAACAAGAAGGCCUCUUCAUAGUGUUUGGUCAGGUGUUGUUCCAGAGUCCAGGCACCAUCAUGGGUCACAUAGUGCGUAGUCGAGGAACCGGUCAGAGAUCCACAGAGCUGCUCCGCUGUCUACAGGAGAUGCCCCAGACCAACUGUGCCAAUACCUGCUACACUGGAGGCAUGGUGAAGCUGGAGAGAGAAGACGAGCUGGAGCUGGUGAUCCCAGAUCGACCCCAAGCCCAGGUCUCCAUGGACGCAGACUCAACCUUCUUUGGCAUCAUACGGCUGAACUGACUACCAGGAGACAGAAGUCACCAGCAGGAGGUGUGGGACUUGAUGCCAUGAGCAGGACUAUGCUUUUU